GCAGCCCCUGGCUUUGCAACACCGACACACAACACACACAUCUGCUCUUUUCCCGUAGCCUCCUCCGUCAGGGGUUGCCAUAGAAACUGGAGUGACAUAGAAGAAGGAGAAGAAGAAGGAGAAGAGCCUCCUGGGCCCAGGCGGAGGGAGAGAGCAGUUUAUCUACCUCCGCCAACAACUUUCAGCACCCCUGGCGAAAGUUGCUGGGCCCAAGAGAAGGGAUGGUGGGAAGGGGAGCCCGGCUGGAUCCGUGGAGCUCAAGCGCUUAGGCUCUCUCGCACACACCGCCCCCACCAUGGUGGGGGUGGCAGGACAGCGAAGGCAGCCAGGGAGAAUCAUGAAUGGAAGCGACUGAGGACCCGUCAAACUGACCACCGGAAGAUACCCACUCCAAGGUUACCUUCGCUAAGGAUGUUCUGCUUAUCUCUUCUGCUCCUGGCUGGAUUUUCAACGUGUUCGGGGUCUGAAGUCAAUCCAGCAAUAUGCCGGUAUCCUCUGGGGAUGUACGAAGGGUCGAUCAGAGACGAGGACAUUACUGCUUCCAGCCAGUGGUAUGACUCAACUGGACCACAGUAUGCCCGAUUGCUCCGAGAAGAGGGCGAUGGAGCUUGGUGUCCAGCGGGACUCUUGCAACCAGAAGACGUGCAGUUUCUUCAGAUUGACCUUCACAAACUCUACUUCAUCACCCUGGUGGGGACACAAGGGCGCCAUGCCCGGGCCACCGGGAAGGAGUUCGCCCGGGCCUAUCGGAUCAAUUACAGUCGUAACGGCGAACGGUGGCUGUCCUGGAAGGAUCGACAGAACAGGCAGGUGAUCCAAGGCAACACAGAUACCUACGAGGUUGUGUUGAAAGAUCUUCGCCCGCCCAUCAUCGCUCGCUACAUCCGUGUGAUCCCAGUGACGGAGCAGCCCAUGACAGUCUGCAUGAGAGUAGAACUCUACGGUUGUGUCUGGUCUGAUGGCCUGGAGUCCUACAGCAUGCCCGAGGGGGAAACCAUGGUGGACUCUGGCAAUCCUCUUGUUUAUCUAAACGACUCAAUCUACGAUGGUCACCAGGAACGAAAGCUCCUCUAUGGUGGGCUGGGCCAGCUGACAGACGGUGUUCUGGGACUGGAUGAUUUCACCAAGAGCCACCAAUACCGGGCGUGGCCAGGCUACGAUUACAUCGGCUGGAGGAACGACAGCUUCCGCAACGGUGUGGUGGAGAUGGAGUUCCAGUUUGACCAUCAGAGGAACUUCACCUCCAUGAAGGUCCAUUGCAACAACAUGUUCUCCAAAGGGGUGAAGAUCUUUGAAAGGGUGGAAUGUCUCUUCAAACCACAGUGGGUCACCGAGUGGGACCCGCAACCUGUGGGCUUGAGCACCGUCUUGGAUGACAAGAAUCCCAGCGCGCGAUUCGUGACCGUUCCCUUCCACCACCACGUUGGCAAAGCCAUCCUUUGCCAUUUCUACUUCGCCGAUACCUGGAUGAUGAUCAGCGAGGUCUCUUUUCAAUCAGUCAAUAUGGAUGCUUCAGAUCCAAUCCUGGUUACUUCUGCAUGGAGUCCCACCACAGAGUCCUAUCCAUCAUCAGAGAGACCAAACACAACACAGGGGACUUUGGGGAACACCAUCCUAGCUUCCAUCAGUCCCAGGGUGGAGCAGAAGGCAGAGGACUCCAACUCUUCUAGUCUGGUCGGCUGUCUUGUGGCCAUCAUUCUUCUCCUUUUGGUGGUUAUCAUCGCCAUCCUGUGGAGACAGUACACUCAGAAGCAUCUGGAGACGGCUCCCCGGCGAAUCCUGGAAGAAGAUGCCACGGUGCGUCUCUCCUUCUACAGCUCCAGAAUUGUCAACGGCCAGACACAGAUCUACCAGAACAACCCCACCUAUGAGAGGGUCUUCCCCUUGGAUCUGGAAUACCACCAGCCUCUCACCCUCCUCCAGAAAUUGCCAGAGUUAUCUCAAAGCGCCGAAGACUCGGCCUGCAGUGGCGAUUACGCAGAGCCCGACGUCACCAAGUGCACCCCUCACCAGGGAUUCCAGAAUAACGUCCCCCAUUACGCUGAGACGGACAUCGUCAACUUGCAAGGGGUGACAGGAAACAAUACCUACGCCGUGCCAGCCAUCACCGUUGACUCGUUGACCAAGAAGGACAUCUCCAUCGCUGAGUUUCCCCGUCACCACCUGCAGCUCAAGGAGAAGUUGGGAGAAGGACAAUUUGGGGAGGUCCACCUUUGUGAAGCUGUUGGUCUUCUGGAAUUCUUGGGUCGUGCCGCUUCUCCAGAAAGUUCCAGCCGGGCAAUUUUGGUGGCCGUGAAAAUGUUGAGAGCGGAUGCCACCAAGACAGCCAGGAACGAUUUCCUAAAAGAGAUCAAGAUCAUGUCCCGUCUGAAUGACCCAAACAUCAUCCGUCUGUUGGGUGUGUGUGUGAAGGACGAUCCUCUCUGCAUGAUCACCGAAUACAUGGAAAAUGGGGACCUUCACCAGUUCCUCCUGCAAAGACAGAGCAGAAGCACUUUCACACGUUCCAGCAACGUUCCUUGUGUCAGCAAUCUCCAUCUCUUGCUCAUGGCCACUCAGAUUGCUUCUGGCAUGAAAUACUUGGCGUCCCUCAACUUUGUCCACCGGGAUUUGGCCACACGCAACUGUUUGGUUGGAAAUAACUAUACCAUCAAGAUUGCUGAUUUUGGCAUGAGCAGGAAUCUCUACAGUGGUGAUUAUUACCGGAUACAAGGCAGGGCUGUGUUACCGAUCCGUUGGAUGGCCUGGGAGAGUAUUCUGUUGGGAAAGUUCACCACCGCCAGUGACGUAUGGGCCUUUGGUGUGACAUUGUGGGAGAUGUACACCUUAUGCAAAGAGCAGCCAUAUAGUUGGCUUUCUGAUGAACAGGUUAUUGAGAAUACAGGGGAAUUCUUCCGCGAUCAAGGCCGACAGGCCUACUUGUCCCAGCCGCCUCUGUGUUCGAAUCCUGUGUUCUCCUUGAUGAUGAAAUGCUGGAGCCGCGAUAUCAAGGAUCGCCCCACUUUUGAAGCAAUCCAUCUGUUUCUCAUCGAGCAGAUGGAUGGAAGUAUCGGACCUAUAUGAGAAUGUGGGACUGUUGAAAGACUACUGUAGCUGGGCCAAAGGUUCUCAUGUCGUUGUUUGACUCCCUCUUUCCUGUGGACAAGACCAGGUGAAGUCAGAUGAACCACCAAAGUCACCGUUGAAUGACUUAGUCUUGAGAUGUCUUCAAGAGACUAAGGGGAGAUAUGGCCCAAGCCCCUUUUCUGCUGGCUGGGUUGAUUUUCCCAUGUUGAUGGCCAAGUAGGUGUCCACUGGCAUCUCUUCGAUCUAGGACCUGGGGAAAAAAAGCCCUCUUGGCCAUGUGGCUGGUGGCCAUCCUGAGAAGAAGCAUGGCACCAAGUUGAGGAGACUACAUCACCUUGGCGAGAAGGAUCCAUAUUCUGCAUGGCUUUCUCCAUGGGGGCAUCUUGGAAAGCUGCUGCUUUUCUCAGCCACGGUUCAGAGGGCUGAGAAAACGAACAUCUCAUGGAAUAGUUUUGACUUCUUUCCUUGAAAUAUGGAGAAGGCCUUUUGCCUCUGCUUUGUCCCUCGUUCCUAGCUCUCAGCAGAAUCCACUUGUCUCCAGAACGGAAGACAAAUAAUGUUCCAUCUCUUUGGAAGAGUCACCUUCUUGGGAUAUCGGUCCACCUUUCCUGAAGACCAUGUUUGAUGCAUCCUGUGCAGUGGUGAAAUUCAACAUUUUUUACUACCGGUUCUGGGGGCAUGGAGUGGCUUGGUGGGUUUGGCUU